AUGGAUGAAACAUCAUGCGAUGGACAGGGCAGAUUGCCCUCGCUUCGGGAGCUCGAAAUCCAAAAUCUCAUCCAUCCCGGCCAAGUUACUCCGCGUCCUGCCUUGAUGACAGACCUUCCAGCACGACGACCGAUGAUUCAGGCUCAUCCAAAUGUGAUGGAGAUUGGCCUGUCGCCCCCAGGCCCUUCUGAUACAGUUCGAUUUCCCACGAUGGACUCUCCCAACAGACAUCCAUUUCAAAGCUUCGGAACCCGAUUUGAAUCCUUCGAUCCUUGGUCGAUGCCGCCCCUGUUCCCAUACACAACGCAGAUGGGAGGUUAUCUCGGGCAGGAUGCUGAUCCAAACAAUCCAUCAAGUGCUCAAAGAGCACCCCAUUCAGACAUGGGGGAUACUGGAUAUCAUUCUCAAGGGGAAACAUCACGAUCCAUGGAUCCUCAGUCGACCAAGCCAGCCCCAUCUCCAGGCCCAUCGCGGCCUGCGCCAGAGACAUCCUUCAAAGGGCCUGAGCCAGUAACCCCGAAAUCUGAACUCGACAACUCCAACGAGCGGGUCGAGAAGUCUGAGGCCCCAGCACCAAAGCGCCAGAAGAGCCCCCAGAAAUUACCCAAACAGGUCGUCACGAAGUUCGAGGACAUCCCCGCCCACACAGCGAAGUGUGACGCCUGCAACCAGCGGAAUAGCAAAGGCAUGACCCGCUGCGCUGGCUGCGGCUGGCAACUAUGCCAGGGCUGUCGCCAGAAGCGUGGCGGAGACCUCACUCACUCAACAUUCGACUGUGAGCACACGGAGGCACAGCAUCUUCGCUCGGCAGGUGAAUCUCUUGCCACACCCCCAGCCUCCAAUCGGUACGAGACACCAGCGCCUCAAACGCCCGAGGAAGUUGCGGCGUCAAUUCUUGUUGGCCGGUAUCAAACACCAGUUCCUCCAUCCCCUGAGGAAAAUGCCGCGGGGAUUCUUCUGGAGAUGAGUUCGUCGCCUACGGCGGAGGGGAGUGCUAGUGAGCUGUCUUUUGCUCGCGCUCGCUCGGAACCUUCGACGCCCACGCCGGCGGCUCGGAAUAAUCCACCAGGUGUUCGAGCUUUUGCCGACGAUAGUGACGAGAUUGUGUCCGCGCCUUCAUCCAUUGAUCUUGAUGGGACCUUGACUCCCCAUGACUGGGUGCGUCGCAACCCUACCCGAAACGCUCGUCCUCCUCGGGCUAGAUUCGAUUAG